AUGGACGAAUUAAAGAGUGUUACUCGUGAAAAUUUACUGCAGGACCUCCCAGCCAACAUCCUGAGCUCUGUCCCAAAAAUCAAGAGUGUAAACUUAGAGCGAAACUCAGUCAAAUCAAUACAGCCUCAAGCAUUUGCUGGUGCCCAGCGACUGAUGCAUCUGAAUCUGCAAGGAAACCGAAUGUCCAAACUUUCAGAGAAGGGCUUUAAAGAUCUCCUAAACCUACGCUUUCUCAUGCUGGGCCAGAAUCAGAUAGCUAGCCUGAAACCUAACAUAUUCAUUGGCAUGAGGAACCUCUCCGAGCUGGAUCUGCCUCUGAAUGCCCUCACUGCUCUCCCACCAAAUGCAUUCAAGCCUCUGAUUGCCCUCAAAGUCCUGGAUCUAGCCUUGAACCACAUCCAAAGCAUCUCACUCAAAGCCUUUGUUGGACUUGAAGAACUGCUUUUUCUCAAUUUGGACAACAACAAGCUGAAGAAUAUCCAAGCUGGGACCUUUGCGCCCCUGAUUGAUCUUGAGAUGCUGGUGCUAGACAACAGUUUUCUCUCCACACUUACCGUGGCCACACUAGAAGGUCUUUCCAACCUGCAGGAACUCUAUGUGAGAAAGAACGCAAUUGAGAGUCUGCCAGCUGACGUGUUCCGCCACACACCUAAACUUUCUCACGUGGGCUUAAGUGGAAAUCGACUUCAUGCCAUUGAUGGAAACAUGCUAGCCAACAUGCAAGGUUUGAAGGAGGUGUUUCUGCAUGACAACCCAUGGAAAUGUGACUGCAGUAUCAACUCGCUGGUACAUUACAUAGCCCAGACAAGGGCUAAUCACUCUCCUCUGCGAAGACUUCAGUGCACUAGCCCAGAAGAGUUUCGUGAUAGACCCAUCCACCAGCUGAAAUCUGAUGAACUUCCCUGCAGUGCCUAGAAAAUCCUCACAUCUGAUAUCAUAUCACGAACAACCUCCAAAAGUUGGGAGCAUGGUAUAAUAACAGCGUGAUACUUUCUGCAACUAAAUGGUGAUGCUUCACAUAACUCCAACCACAAUGACUUAAACAGGUUAAUGAUAGAGCUGCUGUUCUGCAGAUAGUCAUAAUUUUCACCCACAUCAGUCGACUAUUUUCAGGCCACCUGGAGAGCAGUACAUCCUUCAAAACUAAGCAGGAACAUCUACGUUGCUGAAGACGCUGUCAAAAUAUAAUCCCUCUAAAUAAUGUUAGUAGACGCAGGGAAGCUUAAAGGAAAUAAAUAGAGGUUAGAAAAUCCCUCUGCUCAGAGACCGACUGCAAACUUCCAGCACCACCUGAGACUGAAUUCCUCAUCGGAUUGUUACAGCUGAAUAAGCUUCCUUUGAAAUCAUCAUUCUGUCUCUAAAUUCCACCCAGGGCGCUGAGGCUGCAGUCCCACAUUGAGGAGUGAGAUCUUUUCAGAUGCUGGGAAGGUGUUAUUAAAGCAGGCUGCUAAAACUUAUGCUUUGGUAUUUUACAUAUUAAAUCUAACUGGUGGGACAGCAUUUCUAAUGUAAUGAAUUCAUGGUACAUAAAAACAGCAACGAA